AUCGCUCAACGACCGAUUGCGGACGAGAAGACGCUCGAAUCUUUCCUGCAUAAUAGCGUGGAGGAUCCUGUGAGAGCCAUCAUACAAGAGCUCAAACAGGAGGAAGAGGUCAGGAGGUCGUUCCAGAUUGGAGAUGGUGUCAUCUUUGAGAACCACCCGCAUGCGCUCAGCGACGUUGCGGAGGAAGCCAUCGAGAGGGAGACGCUAUCAAUACUACCGCGGACGCCGGACCAUCGAAGAGAUCUCAAGCAGCUGCGACCGGAUCAGAUCUGCGUCUAUCGAUCCGACAAUACUGCGUCUUCCCGGCGCACCAUGCUUUACGUUUCCGAGUAUAAGCCGCCGCACAAGUUGAGCGCUCAGCAUCUGCGUGCCGGUCUGCGCAUCAUGGACAUACACGAGGAAGUGGUGAACCGCAGGACAAUUCCGACUUCGGUGGACCCUGAUGCACGCUUUCAGUACCACGCAGAAAAGCUGACGGCAUCUGCCGUGACGCAGACCUAUCAUUACAUGAUCGAAAGUGGCCUUGAAUAUGGCCUGCUGACUACUGGCGAAGCUAUUGUGUUUCUCAAAGUGGAUUGAAAUGACCCCGAGACCCUGUACUAUCACCUAGCCGAGCCUGGUCCGGAGGUGACAGCCCAUCCAAACCGAAGGAGUGCCACCCAAUCACGGCCGGUUUCAAGGCAGUUCAAACAUACGUUUCUGCGGAACCCAUUCUAU